UUUUAAAAGUUAUAAGAAGUUGAAACAAACUGCUCACAGCCUCCCAGAAUGGCAGACCAGAAGCGCCUUGCCUACUCCAUCAUCCAGUUUCUACAUGACCAGCUACAGAAUGGGGGUCUGUCUCCAGAUGCUCAGGAGAGUUUGGAAGUGGCCAUCCAGUGCCUGGAGACGGCAUUUGGUGUCUCGAUGGAGGACCAAGGCCUAGCUGUGUCCCAGACUCUUCCUGAAAUAUUUGAAGCUGCUGCAGGAAAGGAGCCUGAACACAUCAGAACAAAUUCGGAGCCCAUCACCCCCUCUGAAGAUGACAUAGCUGAAGCCGAAAGACUCAAGACUGAAGGAAAUGAACAAAUGAAGGCAGAAAACUUUGAAGCUGCUGUGUCUUUCUAUGGAAAAGCAAUUGAAUUAAAUCCAUCCAAUGCUGUGUAUUUUUGCAACAGAGCUGCUGCAUACAGUAAACUAGGAAAUUAUGCCGGAGCAGUGAGAGACUGUGAAAGAGCUAUAGGCAUUGAUCCAAACUACAGCAAAGCUUAUGGCAGAAUGGGCUUGGCCCUCUCCAGUUUAAAUAAACACACAGAAGCUGUUGUUUACUACAAAAAAGCCCUGGAGCUGGAUCCGGACAAUGACACAUACAAAUCAAAUCUUAAAAUAGCUGAACAGAAAAUGAAGGAGACUCCUAGUCCAACUGGAGGUCCGGGAGGAUUCGAUUUAGCUGGCUUGCUGAACAACCCUGGCUUCAUGAGUAUGGCAUCUAACCUAAUGAACAAUCCACAAGUACAACAGCUCAUGUCCGGGAUGAUUUCUGGUGGCCACAACGCCAUGGGAGCAGCAGGCACCAGCCCUUCCACGAAUGAUCUUGCCAGCCUCAUACAAGCGGGCCAGCAGUUCGCUCAGCAGAUGCAGCAGCAGAAUCCUGAACUAAUAGAGCAGCUACGGAGCCAGAUUAGGAGUCGAACUCCAAGUGCCAGUAACGAAGAUCAGCAGGAAUGAGCACUCCAGCGCAGUCCGUGGGAACUACGUUCUUUGCUUUAAAAACUGGAAGCCAUGUGCGUGUUGCCAUUUCUUGAGUUGGAAGUGUCCAAGAGGGGGGAAAAAAUAAUGGAAAAACAAAAUACUUUAUAUGACCUGCAUGUUAAAGACAGAUUCACGCUUCCUUUCCCUAGUCUUCAUCCCCGCUCCUCCCCCUCAGCCUUUCCAUUAGUCUUUUUUUUUUUUUUCUUCUGGAAGAUCCAGCAAGCUGAACACAAACCAGCACCGACAGUCUUUCUAAAGAAACUCAGAAAAUUAACUACACUGUUACAUUUCUAUGUUAUUUGCUACAUGGGAAUUUUUUAACCCGUUUUUGAAGAACGAUGCACUCUUCACUACAGGACGUCUUCACUUUUCUGCCCACGUGCCACUUCAAAGAAGUGUUCGAGUCCUACCUAACCCCCAUCCUGCCCCGUUUAAUCUUCCUGCCGGUUACGAGACAGUACUGCUUGAACACUCUGGAGAUCUCGGGAUCUUCUUGCCUCCAGGAACAGGGUUUCUGUUGAUUAGAUUCACUGCCUUUCUCAUUCAGGUCUGUAGCAACGUGGCCAGUGUCGUCAAUACGCGGGGGUUUGGUGGUCGCCUCUCAGAGGUUAGUGUAAAUGUGUC